AUGUCCCUGCGUCCGGUUUCCUUGAGCCUGGCCUCCCUCCUGCUCUUUUCCCUUGUCCUCCGUGGUGCCCUGACCCUGAGGCUCUGCUCCUUCAAUGUGAGGUCCUUUGGAGAGAGCAAGAAGGAAAACCACAACGCCAUGGAUGUCAUUGUGAAGAUCAUCAAACGCUGUGACCUUAUACUCCUGAUGGAAAUCAAGGACAGCAGCAACAACAUCUGCCCCAUGUUGAUGGAGAAGCUCAAUGGAGUAAAAUCAGCGGAAAAGGUGAAGGAUUGGGACAGGAAAGAGAAAGGAGUAGAAAUUCUUGUUUUGUUUUUCUCUUCUAGGGAAAAGCUGGUAUCUGUGAAGUCAAAAUACCUCUACCAUGACUAUCAGGACGGAGACACUGAUGUAUUUUCCAGGGAGCCCUUUGUGGUUUGGUUCCAGUCGCCCUUCACUGCUGUCAAGGACUUCGUGAUUGUCCCCUUGCAUACAACUCCUGAGACUUCUGUUAAGGAGAUGGAUGAGCUGGUUGAUGUCUACAUGGAUGUGAAACGUCGAUGGAAAGUGGAGAAUUUCAUCUUCAUGGGUGAUUUCAAUGCUGGUUGCAGCUAUGUCCCCAAGAAGGCCUGGCAGAACAUCCGUUUGAGGACGGACCCCAACUUUGUUUGGCUGAUUGAGGACAAAGAGGACACCACAGUUAAGAAGAGCACCAACUGUGCUUAUGACAGGAUUGUGCUUCGAGGACAAGAGAUAGUUAAUUCAGUGGUUCCCCGUUCAAAUGGCAUCUUUGACUUCCAGAAAGCUUAUGAGUUAUCUGAUGAGGAGGCUCUGGAUGUCAGUGACCACUUUCCAGUUGAGUUUAAGCUACAGUCUUCAAGGGCCUCCACCAACAACAGAAAAUCCGUUGCUCUAAAGAAGAGAAAAAAAGGCAAUCGCUCCUAAGCACCAUGGAACCAUUUUGUUAACACCACUCCUUGCUUCCAAAUAAAAUGUCUCUCAUAGGUCUAAGCUAUCUGCACACUCAGGAAUAAAGAAUGGUCCAGCUGAUUUCA